UAGUAGCCAAGUCUGGGGGGAAAAACGCUGAAUCAUCAGCACUAGCCGGCACACCAGCUGAUAAUUAUUGUUAUUGUUUUUAUUAAAAAUGCUGCAAUUUCUGAAAGAACUCCCAAAAGUUGAGUUACACGCCCACCUCAAUGGCUCCCUGGGCAUCGGUAGCCUACGUGAUCUGGCCGAGCGGCUGCAUGGAUCCGCCUCCGAGGAGUUUUCCCAGCUGUGCCAGCGUUUCAUCCGAUUCGACAGGGACUCGGACUUGGAUGCUUGCUUCGAGAAGUUUGCCUUUGUCCACGAGUUGACCUCCACGGCGGAGGGUCUGCGAUAUGCCACUGAGCUGGCGAUUCGGGAUUUUGCCCGCGACAAUGUGCAGUACUUGGAACUGAGGACUACUCCCAAGGCGAAUGGAAACUAUUCUCGCAGAGAGUACCUUCAGCACGUGCUCGAGGCGAUCGGGGAAGCAAGGAAAAUAUACCCCAAUAUCCUGGUGAAGCUACUGCCCUCCAUAAAUCGUGCGGAACCCGUGGCCGUGGCGGAGGAAACCGUAUCCCUUGCCCUGGAGUUCGCACAGUCCCAUCCGGAUUUGAUCUUAGGCAUUGAUCUUAGCGGCAAUCCUGGCAAGGGAAGGUUCUCGGACUUUGCUCCGAUACUGUCCUUGGCCCGGGACCAGGGAUUAAAGCUGGUUCUUCACUGUGCGGAGAUCGAGAAUCCCGUGGAAGUCAAGGAAAUGCUGAAUUUCGGAAUGUCUCGCUGCGGCCAUGGAACCUUCCUGACCCCAGAGGACAUAGCACAGCUUAAGAGCCGUAAUACAGCCAUCGAAUGCUGUCUCACGAGUAAUAUCAAGUCGGGUACCGUGCCCAGUUUGGAGGAGCAUCACCUUAAGCGGCUUAUGGAGGCAGAUGCCCCAAAGGUGAUUUGCACGGACGACAGUGGUGUCUUUGAUACCACUUUAACGCAGGAGUUUCUGCUGGCCAAGGAGACGUUUGGAUUGACUCGGGAUCAGUGUGUUGCCCUGACCUUGGAGGCAGUGCAGCAUUCCUUUGCCAGCGUUGAAGAGAAACAAGUGAUGGCGGCCAAGGUGAAGAAAUACGUAGACAGCUGGCAGUAAUAAAGAUUGAUUAGAGAAUGAAAAAGUUAACGAUUUCAGAAGAUGGUUAAAGUAAUAGUUACUUUCUCAGGGAUAUAAACUUUUUGAUUUUUAUACCUUUGCAGGUUAUUAUAAUUUUAUAUAAAUUUCCAUGUAAAAAUA